AUGAAGCCGGCAAAAAGGAAGCCCAAAGCAGUGGUGGUGGGAGGUAGUAUAGCAGGGAUCUCCUGCGCACACGCGCUCAUAGUAGCAGGGUGGGACGUGGUGGUGCGAGAAGACGAGCGCGCCUCCCACUGGAAGCCCAACCGGUGCUGGACUGGGACUCGACCCUUUGGCUCGAGACUCAUUGAGUCGUGGCUCGGUCGCCCUGAGCUUCUCCACAAGGCCACCUUGCCCCUCACAAUCGAUCAGCUCGCUGCAGCCACCCCGGUGGCAAAAUGGCCUAAAGUAGCCGUUUGUACUGAGGAGCAGAACCAAGUGACAUAUGGGGAAAAGAAAAUCAGCCAGACACUGACGAGGGACGAUAACUUCAAUUUCAGAGCGGCAUACUGGGCUGAUCUUCAUGGCCUUCUUUACAAUGCACUACCAGAGGACAUUUUUCUUUGGGGUCAUUUGUUCCUUUCCUUUUGCAUGCCAGAUGACAAAACCUCUGUUAAGGUAAAAACCAAAGUUCUUCAAACUGGUGGUAUUGUCGACAUAAUUGGUGAUUUGCUUAUUGCAGCCGAUGGGUGUCUCUCUUCAAUUCGUCAGAGUUUCCUCCCUGACCUUAAAUUAAGGUACUCAGGUUACUGUGCAUGGAGAGGAGUUCUCGACUUUGCAGAUAAUGAGAAUUCAGAAGCCAUUGUGAGCAUCAAUAAGGCAUAUCCAGAUCUUGGGCGAUGCCUUUACUUUGACUUAAGUUCUGGUACUCACAGUGUGUUUUAUGAGCUAUCGAACAAAAGAAUGAAUUGGAUUUGGUACAUUAAUCAACCUGAGCCACAAGUUAAGGGGAACUCGGUGACCAUGAAAGUUAGCAGUGACAUGAUCGAGAAGAUGCACAAUGCAGCAGAAAAAGUUUGGGUUCCAGAGUUGAUGAAAGUCAUAAAAGAAACGAAAGAACCUUUCCUCAAUGUUAUAUAUGAUAGUGAUCCUUUGGAACAAAUAUUUUGGGACAAUGUGGUUUUAAUUGGAGAUGCAGCUCACCCGACAACUCCUCAUGGUUUAAGAAGCACAAAUAUGUCAAUACUGGAUGCAGCAGUUUUAGGAAAAUGUCUUGAGAAGUGGGGAGUGGAAAAUUUAAAGUCAGCUCUCGAAGAAUAUCAAUCUACUCGGCUGCCCGUCAUUUUGAAGCAAGUGCUACAUUCGAGAAGACUCGGUCGCAUCAAACAAGGUCUAAUUCUUCCAGAUCGCAAGCCUUUUGAUCCGAAGAACACAUGUCCAGAAGAUUGCCAAGAGCUUCAGCAGAAAAACAUGCCUUUCUUUGCUGAUGUUCCAUUUGAACUCAUAUAGAUCAUGUUAUCUUCAAGCCGGAAGUGCUUUGGAAUAUUGUUCUGGCACUGUGUUUCUUUGCCUCAAUUAUGUGAAAAUGCUGUAAUUAGUACAUAUUAAAAAAAAAUUAUAUGGAUUCUCAUGUUCUGGAAUAGAACAAAAUAAUAAAAAACUGAGUGUUGCAAAGAGAAGCAAUGAGAACAAUGGCAUUUGUAGUUUUUUAGCCCCAGGAAAGCCCAAGAUGCUCUACUGUAGUUUGCAGCCAAGUGAAUCGGA